CAGACAUUAUGGUGGGGACGAAAGGAUCCCGUGAUCUGCCGAUGACUUCUCCGUUCACACCCACGUCCGAGCACGAGAAUGAGGCCAGCUCCACCAGCCAAACUCUAGCCCAAGAUUCGCAGUCUAGGCCGACAAAACAUCUUUCUGACGAUUCUCGCAAGGACAAUAUCCAGAAUGAUUAUAUAAUUGAGCGGUCGCCGGCCAGCUCCUCCCAGACGCCACAGAGCAACACGUACCCGUACCCCGUGAUCGUCUCUCCGGACAUCCCUGUUUACCAGGCGCCUCGCACGCCCCAUGCCGCCCGAGGCACCCACGACACGCACUCGGGUGACUCAUUCCACAAGCUGCCGUCUCCGCCCACGGUGUCGGUUGGGACAGCCAAGGUGCGGGCGGAGGAGAUCGGCCUCGUACUUCUGGUUCUCAUGCUGUGGAUGGGCGCCAUUACCCUCUUCAUCAACAGAUGGGGGAAGCUGAGGAUGCUGGAGCCGUACCAGCCGGCCUACACCGCACCCGUGCCGCCCCCCCGCCCAGCGCCUCAGGUUGGGCCCUGCAUCAACAUCCAGAGCACGUCCGACCUGGCCCUGGCAGAGUCUGGUUCUGCGUCGGGUCGCUGCGAGUGGGGCGUGCCCGGCAGCUACGGCAGGGGGUCACUGGCGGGAGGAUACCUAGGCAUGUCGCGGUCGCCCUCAUGCCUCAGCGUGCGUCAGCUGGACCCCACCAGGAAGGUGAAGAGCGCCGUGGACCUGGUGUCACUCGUCAUGCAAGAGAAGAUGGCCUCCAACAUGCACAUCGUGACCAAUGUGUAGGAACAGGCGGUUGGGCUCAGCUGUCUGCUCCCGGGUGUUCUUUAGUGAUA